UUAUAAAAUCAGUACAGUGUAUCCAGGUUUGAAAAUCAUAUUGCGACAGCUAGGUACCCGAAGCUAUUUUUAGUAACAGGUACUUUCCGUCCAAACACAGGUGUAGGCGAAAUAAUGGGAAAAAGCGCUAUAGCUCUUUACAUUUCUCUGUCAAAUUCUAAUGCUGUGGAAACACGGUAUUUUAUAAUUUUUCUAUAAUAAGCUCAGAAUAGGUAUUCCAACAAAACAAAAUGACUGUCAAAUUCAAUUCAAUUCUAGUGCUGUUGAAAAACAGUGUUGUGUUUUGUUAUUCUUCUAUAAUAAGCUCGGGAUAGGUAUGCCAACAAAACAAAAUGACGUCUUACAUGACGUCAUAAACAAGUGCUUAUACGGCUAUGUUGAGAAAUGCUGAAGAUUAUACGCCUUUUACUCUUCUGUCUGAUCCUUGAUGCAUAUUAUGAUGAGAUAUUAGCUGAUCCUUGGGAACCAGAUAAGUCAUGGUUCACGUCCGAUGUCCCAAAAUCAGCCAAUGGCAGUAGCCAGGUCAAAACCAUCCUUAGUGAUGAUUCUUUCUUUAACAAACCGCGAGAAUACGCCAAAAUCAUUCACUUCAUUCGACAAAUCAAGUCAAUGGUGAAAAAUAAUCAAAUAGAGACAGCAAAGAGGAGAGAAGAUGAAGCCCAACAUUCUGUUAGGAAAUCACCGGUCGCCAUUCCGUCGGCGUCAAUACCAAAGGAAACCAAUGACGUCAUGACCAAGGUCAAUCAUAAAAACCUGAUUGAUCAUCACCGUCAAGUAUUGGAAAAAGUCAAAAAACUUUUGACUGAUGUGAAAAAUAAACACAUGAUGGAAAAAGAAUCUUACCAAAGUAAAGACUUGUUAUCAAACAAAGACAAAACCAGGCAUUGGGUAGAAAAGGAUAGAAUCGGUCAACCCUGGACCAAGCUUUCAGAUAAAGAUAAGAAUGCAAGGAGGAGAAAACUCAUAAAUUUUCUGAGCAAAACUACUAAAAAGAAAGAAGAAACACCGCCUGUUGCUGAAGACGACCUCAAUAAAGACAAAGAGAAAAUAGAAAAAGAGAUCCUAAACAAUGAGCAGUCUUCACAGAAAGAGGGAAAAAUAACCAACUUAUCGGAGCUGGUUAGCAAGCUGAGAAAAAUAGCAGAGUUAAGGGCAUCCAAAAAUAAGACCCCGGUAUUUCCAACGGAACAGGGGGGACAAACUAGGGACAAACCACGUGAUCUUUUAAAAGACCAGGCGGCGUGGAUUGGGCUGGCGGUAGGCGGAUGUUUGGCCUUCUUCGCCUUUGCCCUGUGCUUCUUUGUUGCAGUAUUGAUCAAAACCUUUAGACGGAAACGAGAUGGCGAUCAAAAACCAUUAGAUUUAAACUUUAAUUGUCCACCAGAGAGUUACAAGAAACACCAACACCCUGCGUUCACGCACAUGCACGAUCCAAAAACUGGUAGAAGGUAUAUUGUAUUAAUGGACGAUUCUACAAACUACUCCAUUACUAGCUCCGAUUCCAGCUCAGAGGAAGAAAUCUACAAUGCCUCACGCCAAAGUCCUGUCCCCAGUAAACCGGUGCUUGACUGCAGCCACAGAAGCAGUAUAAAUAGGACCUCUACCCCCAUCAAGUCGCCGCUGCGCCUGACCAGAAGUGCCCCGGGCUCUCCCUCCGUCCGACGGAACCUCAAUAAAUCCUGGAGCUCGCCACCCGUGUCGCCGCUAGCCAGUGUCACCCCCGUGUUCGCCUCACCUAUCAAGCUCCCGGGGUAGCAAGAGAAAAGGAAACAACAUUCUUACAUGUAAAGCAAAAAAUUUGUCGUGUUCAUGAACAGUCAUGUAAUUUUAAAGAGAUCUGUAAUUUAUUAAUAAAUGAUUCAAAACUUUAACUUAUUUAUAUUUUUUCUCGUCAUAUCGACGUGAAAAGUUCUCGAGUUUAACCG